GGCCUUGAGGUUCCGGGUCAGAGUUUAAAUCAGAUCAGAGGCGACAACAAACAACGCUGUUCGCAGGCAUGGAAAAACCUUAUAGAUCCCAGUCCUUCAGUGGGGUAGAGAAUAGUAAUGGAGACGAAAGAGGCGAGAAACUGAAGCAAGACGACGAUCAAAGUCGUUCGAUUAUGGUCAUACAGACUGGAGGUACCAUUGACAAGGACUACCCCCGCAGUGUAGGUGGUUAUGCCUUUGAGAUUGGGUCCUCGGCAGCACAGAGUAUCCUGGAUAGGAUGAACUUGGCCAUGCCUGUGGAGUACGGCAGUGUGUUCAGGAAGGACUCCCAGGAGAUCAAUGACUGGGACAGGGAACUACUUUCUCAGGUGUGUCAAGCCUCUACUCAGUCUCGUAUCCUCAUCACACAUGGUACAGACUCCAUGAUCGACACAGCUGCCUACCUCGCCAAGAAACGCUUACCCAAGACCAUCAUUCUCACCGGGGCAUUCAGGCCAGAGAAGUUCAAGGACUCAGAUGCAGACUUCAACGUCGGGGUGGCCAUUGGGGCCUUGCAGACCAUCCAUAUUAACGACGUGUUCAUUGCAAUGAAUGGCAGGGUAUACUGGUGGAACGAAGUCACUAGAAACCAAGAAACUGGGCAGUUUAUAUGCAAACUGAAGUAACAAUCCACCUUUUUUAUAUUGAAAUAUGGUGAUUUAUAAUGUUCCCAGGUGGCUGUUGCUGUAUAUAUUUUGAAGUCCACGUGGUCAGUGACCUUGCAAUGUGUUGAUGUCAUUUAAAGAAGUUCUGCAAUAUGAUUGUCUGAGUGUACCAACAGAAUUUCUUCACCUUCACGCUGUUCACAUGCGUGUUAGCUGUCACAGUUGUAGUCUAUAUAUAGCUUCUGAUAAUAGUGUGCUAUGGUAAUUAUGUGUGAAAUCUGCUUGAUACUUUUCCUACCUAACAAGCUUGAAGGUGCUCGUCAGGAUAAUUGGGACCAGGUACUAUGUUUUAACUCAGGAUACAUCUUUACAGUAUUCUUCAAACCUUUUCAAUGAGGUGCAAUUUUACAAUGUGAAGUCAUCCUUAAUGGCAGUAUAUUACUAUAUAUUUGGUAAAUGACAUUUUUCAUUGGAAAAAUUAUAUUUUUGUAAGUUGCUGUUCAACUGUUUCUUUUGUUGGUACAGUUGCAAUUUUUGUACCUUUUUACAUGGGUUGCCAGACAUAUGGUAAUUACAUUUCUUUUAUUUCAGCAGUACUUUUGUACUCCAGUAUUAAAUGGAGAAUUAGACAGAUUAUGUUCUGUACAUUGUAUAUGCAAUGGGGAAAAUGAUCACUGGGUGGUUCAGGUUAGCAGGUAGAAAAAUCCAACGUGCCUUAACUUUCUUAAUAAUCAAUAUUUCCUAGUAUGUGUCUGACUCAGUAAUUAUUAACUUUGCUCCCAGCAUGUAUAUUUAAGUUUUGUUUCUACGAAAUAGAGCUAUAUAGCUAUAUGUAAAUGUUUUUUCAGUGUUAUGGAGGAGAAUAUAUAUAUAUAUUACACCAUUAGCAUCCAAACAGUCUAUAAAAAUUCAUGGUGUGUUGUGAUAAGUAAUUUGACAAGAUUACAGCCAUCAUACCAGAAAACACCACAGACAGACAUGUUACUGGAUGUGAUAAAGUUUAUUGUGAAUUCUUAUACAUAAGUAUUAAAAGCUAGUGUCGUGUUUUAUUCUACUUCAUUAUAUAUAUAUUUGAAUAACUUCCAUGUUGUUAGGCAUUGUAAAUUCUUUCUUAGGCCAUGUUGAUUUGAUUAUAUGGAUGACAUCCACGCGCGCAUGAAUUUUUGGCCGUUUCCC